AUGCUUUUCAGCUACGCGAUUCCUCCUACUAAAACUGCACUGAAGUUAGAGAAACCUGACAAAAGGAAACCAGAAAAAGAAAUAGUACUGUCAACGUAUCAUCGAUUUCUCAGAUUGAGCGAAGUACCAUGUGUUCGACUCUCAUUGUAUCUUUAUCUUAUGCAGGCUCAUGCACCUGUUGGUAUUACAAUAACAAUCAGGAAACAGGAACAAAUGGAUGAAGAUAUAAGGUAUAUACCGGACGAAAUUUUGGAAGCUAAAAAAGCAGAACUGCUUAGCUUGGAUGAUCCAAAAACGAGGAAACUGCUCGGCUGGGAGUGA